GGAGGAACCCGUGAGGAGGUCGCGCGGUCGUCGCGAUGCCGUCGUUCGAGGGCGGCAGCAUCGAGGAGGAUGAAUGCAUGCAGCAGGAACCGCUGUGGUGGGCGUUCGUCGUCUCCUCCGUCGCCACCUUUCUCGUCUGCAUCUUCGCCGUCUGCGCCUACCGCUUCUGCGUCUACCUGUGCUGCCGGCCCUGGAAGGAGGACCCCGAGUAUGAGGCGCCGAAGGUGGUGCCGCCGACGCCGCCCGCCGGAAAGCCGGCGACGCCUCUAUCGGCGACGCCCGAAGAAGGAGAGGUCACGUGGAUGACGGAGGCGAAGGACUGGGCCGGCGAGCUGAUAUCCGGGCAGACGACCACCGGACGCAUACUGGUGAGUGAUGGUGGCGACACCUAG